UUUGUGUUGCAGGGCGGAGGUGAGUUGAACCACAGUUAUUGCAAAGUAUCUUGAGCUGCAGACCUCCACAUUUCCCUGAGAGUAAACAGAAAGAUGAAGAUUGAUAUUCACAGUCACAUUUUACCAAAGGAAUGGCCCGACUUGAAACAGAGAUAUGGAUAUGAUGGCUUUAUCCAGCUUCAACAUCACUGCAAAGGAGAAGCCAAGAUGAUGAAGAAUGGGAAGUUGUUCCGGGUGAUACAAGAAAACUGCUGGGAUGCAAAUGCACGCAUACGGGACAUGGAUCAACAUGGAGUCACAGUUCAGGCCCUCUCAACUGUUCCUGUGAUGUUCAGUUAUUGGGCUAAACCACAUGACACCCUGGAUCUCUGUGUCCUUCUGAAUGACAAUUUGGCGCAUACAGUAUACAGCCACCCUAAGAGAUUUGUGGGCUUGGGUACUUUGCCAAUGCAAGCCCCUGACUUGGCCAUCCUAGAGAUGAGGCGCUGUGUGAAGGAGUUGGGCUUUCCUGGAGUGCAGAUUGGGUCGCAUAUCAACAACUGGGACCUCAAUGCCCUUGAACUCUACCCUUUUUAUGCAGAAGCAGAGGAGUUGGGAUGCUCCAUUUUUGUCCACCCAUGGGACAUGCAGACAGAUGGGAGAAUGGCUAAGUAUUGGCUACCAUGGCUGGUAGGCAUGCCAUCAGAGACAACUUUGGCAAUUUGCUCUAUGAUAUUUGGAGGCAUCUUUGAGAAAUUUCCCAAACUUAAAGUCUGUUUUGCACAUGGAGGUGGAUCUUUCCCCUUCACCGUUGGGAGAAUUGAUCAUGGCCACAAAGUCCGCCCUGACCUGUGUGCAGUUGAUAAUAAGAUCAGUCCAAGGAAGUACCUUGGUUCUUUCUAUACCGACUCAUUAGUUCAUGAUCCCAUCUCACUGCAGCUGCUCAUUGAUGUUAUUGGAAAAGAUAAAGUAAUGCUGGGAACAGAUUACCCAUUUCCACUGGGUGAGCUGCUGCCUGGAUCACAAAUUGAGUCAAUGGAUUACUUUGAUGAUACACUGAAGGAGCAACUGCUCUCUGGAAAUGCUUUGGAAUUUUUGGGACUGAAAAAAGAGCAAUUUUUGUAACCUCAUUAUGGACCAUGAAUGCCAUAUCAACAACCAUAUGCUUUAUGUUUGGAAUUUUUAGAAAUUACUUUGGAUUAUCCUUAUGAGUAGACCGAACGAGUGUUGCUGUACAAACAGUUAUGUCGCCAAUUGGUAUUGGUCCAAUAUUAUUUGCUCAAUAAAAAAGGUUGUAUGCUGA